AUUCACUGUAAGUAAUGCUCCCAUUUCAUGGUUGACAUCAUCCGUACAUCCCAUCUCCGAGGGUUUGCCGAUGCCGCCAUCCCCUCUAGAAUCUUCACUAGGAGUAAUCAGCUCUAUUCUUCACCAACACAGCUCUCUCUCCCCCAACGAACAACCCCGCCACCAGCUCCUUGUAUAUAAAACCAUCAAUCCUCAUCUCCUUCCAUCUACUUCCUCGCUUUCAUGUACUCCGCCAUCUCCACCAUCGCCAUCCGACGAACGCUAAUCGCUGCCUCCCGAACAGCCUCUGCAACCAGCAAACGUCCAUCCUUCCUCACGAUCCAACACCUCUCUAAACCUCUAUCCCAUCCCCGAUUUUUCACCAUGUCUGAAACCAAGCAAGGAGUCCACAACCUCGCCAAGAAAUCCGACUGGGACGAAGCCCUCGCCGAAACUAACCGCCUCAUCGUCCUCGACUGCUUCGCCACCUGGUGCGGCCCCUGCAAAGUGAUCGCCCCCACCGUCGUGAAGUUCUCCGACGCCUACCCCGAGGCUCGCUUUUACAAGCUCGACGUCGACGAGGUCCCCGACGUCGCCCUCGAGCUGGGCAUCCGCGCCAUGCCGACGUUUCUGCUGUUCAAGAACGGGGAGAAUAUUGGCAGUGUGUUGGGCGCGAAUCCGAAGGCGUUGGAGGCGGCGAUUCAGAAGGGGUAUGGGGAGGGGGCAACGGCGUGAGAGAAUGUGGGAGGAUGUUGUGAUGGAGCUGUGGGCGGAGGGAUGGUGACAUCACUGUAGAGUGAAUGCAGAUUUCCUAAGAAAUGAUACCGAUUUUCUGAGACGGUGGAUGAAGUACGGUUGAGAACAUCCUCAGAUAUCGUUACAAUGAAAACAAAUUUCGUGAAAUAUGCACUUCUACCCGACAUACAUUCGGCUAUCCGGUGUCACGUCCCGCAUCAUAAAUAAGUGCCGCAUCACAUUUCCAUUACGAGACACGCGAUCCAAUGCCAUCCUAGACACCGUCGCCAGCGAUCCCCCCUCCCUCCACUUAUUUCUUCGACAAGAAAUGGAGCUUCUUCUUCUUCCGAUCCGGAUCCUUCGUCAACUUCCCCCCAUUCCGCUCAUUCCGCUCAUUCCCCCCUCCAUUCUGCGAAGUAGCCGACGACGACGGCGCCUGGCUC